ACAAAGUGCGAUUUUAUAUCAUUGGAAAACGCCGAAAAUUUGUAGCUAACCAGCUACCCUCGUUUCCUUGCCUUUACUUGUUGUGAAUUAAACUCGAAACAUCUUUGAAUUCUCUUCUCUAGAUCCACAAUCAUAUAUUUUAGUGCAUUUAACUAAACAUACAAUGUUACCAUCUGUAGGAGUAUUUGGAACAGACAGUCAAGCACAAAUUAUCAUUUCGCUGUUCAAAGCGGCGGGAUUUCCAGUUACUGCUGUGUGGGGAAAUACUUUAGAAAGUGCUAAAAAUGCAGCUAAUGAACUAAAGGUUCAAUUUUAUACUUCAAAAAUUGAGGAAUUAUUGUUGCACAAUGAAGUGGAUAUUGUCUGUGUAUCUGGUACCCCACACCAAUAUGCUGAGGUUUGUGUCAAAGCUUUGUCUAUUGGAAAACAUGUUUUCAGUUCAGUCCCUGCUGGAUUAACCAUAAAAGAUGCCAAUCAUAUGCUUGAAGCUGCACAAUAUUAUCCCAAAUUGUUGUCAGUUUUAAAUUACCCUCUUAGAUUUUUAAAUGCUUAUAUCAAGGCCAAAAAAUUACUGCAAAAUGGGUAUCUUGGUGAACUUCUUUUAUGUGAAUGUAGUAUUCACACAAGUUCUUUAAUUAGUGAUUCAUAUGACUGGCAUUGUGAUUCAGCUAUGGGUGGUGGUAUCUUGCAGACUUAUGGAUCACAUGUUAUUGAUAUACUUACAUUUCUUUUGGAUCAAAGAGCAACUGAAGCACAUGGAAUUGUUGAGACAUUUGUUAAACAAAAGCAUGACAUGCCUAGCUUUCGGCAUAUUUCAACAGAUGAUUUUUGCUCUUUUCAGCUGAAAUAUCCUAAAGGUAUUAAAGCUUGUGUAACACUUAAUUCCCACUUACCAAGUGGUUUCCUUCAAGAAGUUAUGUUGGUUGGAAAAAAAGGGUUCAUCAAAAUUGUUAAUUGUGACUUGUAUGGACAGUUAAAGGGUAAUGAAACAGGUGAAUGCCUGUAUAAAGAAGAAGGAGAAAGGUCUUUAUAUGAUUCAUUUAAUGAAGUCUGUCCAGGAAUGUAUUUACUAGGACUUGAGCAGCUUAUUGAAGGGAUUAAAAUGGCAUUUGAAAGUAUGCAGUUAGCAGGAGACCAAAGUGGUGCUGAUCGCAGAAAUGCUGAUCAUAAUCUUAUAUCUACAGCUGCAAACUUUGAUAACGGUUGCUAUACCCGUUCCGUUAUGGAUGCCAUUGUUUUGUCGAAUGAGAAAAGGACAUGGGUAAUGAUCAAACAAUUAGAUGAAGAAUCUAAGGAAUGCCCAUUUUGGAAUGCCAAAGAAUCUUCCUUAACAGAAUCAACAGGAACGUCUGCCGAUGAUAAAAGAGCAACUAAGCAUCGGACAGAGAGUUACAAGAGGUCUUCCCCACUUAUUUCAAAACGAAAUAAAUAACAAUAUUAGCUAUAUAUAAACUGUUAAAAUAUGUCAUAAAAGCUAAAUUGAACUUUCGCACUAAAAUAUCGAUAAAAUAUUCAAAACAGAGCGAGUAAUGUUUGUACUGUAUGUAGUGGCUAAAUUGUGAGAUAAUAAAAUAUUUGUUCUUGCUACUAUGAAAGAAAGUGUUUGAUUUGUU